AUGGUGGCCAAAAACCGAAAACAGACCGGGAAGAGUCCAGCGACCCAGGCGGACCGCGACAAGAGCCCACUCGUUUCGCCCGCUGGAAAAAGUGCCGUCAGGCGGGCGGGCAGAGAGGGCAGAGCCCCGAGCGGCGCUCACCCGAACGGGCUCUCCGGAGCCCGACACAAGCUCGGGCUGAGCCCGUCCGCCGCCGCCAAGCUGGGACUCACUCUCCUCCUCGCUGCUCUGUCUGGAUACCUGCACUGGUAUCAUCUGUUCCAGCUGUUUGAAAAUGACAGACACUUCUCACACUUGUCCAACCUGGAGAAGGAGAUGGCCUUCCGAACAGAGAUGGGUUUGUAUUAUUCUUACUACAAAACCGUUAUCGAUGCCCCGUCUUUCCUUGAUGGACUCCACAUGAUCAUGAAUGAUCGCCUGACAGAACAUCCACUGGUUAUUAACACGCUGAAGAGAUUUAAUCUCUAUCCAGAGGUGGUCCUGGCCAGCUGGUACCGCGUUUACACAGGUGUGAUGGGAUACUUUGGGAUUCCUACAAAGAUGUGCUGGUCCAUCAACAGAGGAGAGGGACUCAGUCCUGUGGACAGCUGUGAAGGCAUGGGCGACCCGGCUUAUUUCUACGUGACCUGCGUGUUCCUGCUGAACGGUGUGAUGAUGAGCCUGUUCUUCGUUUACGGCUCCUACCUCAGUGGCAGCCGGCUGGGAGGCAUUGUUACCACAGUGUGCUUCUUCUUCAAUCACGGCGAGAGCACUCGUGUGAUGUGGACCCCUCCCCUGAGGGAGAGCUUCGCUUACCCGUUUCUAGUCCUGCAGAUGCUUCUUCUCACCUACAUCCUAAGGACACGUCAUCCGAGCAGGACAGCCAUGGUCGCUCUGGGCAUCUCCACUUUGUGCUUUAUGCUGCCUUGGCAAUUUGCCCAGUUUGUGCUGCUCACUCAGGUGGCUUCUCUAUUCGCUUCCUACAUCCUGGGUUACCUCAGUGCCCCCAAGAUGCAGUCCAUCCUGGUCACGCAUAUGAUCACGCUCGGCGUCUGCUUCGUCCUGAUGUUCGGGAACUCCAUGCUCCUCACGUCUUUCUACGCCUCCUCGCUCGUCUCCAUCUGGGCCAUCAUCGCAUUAAAGGAUCGAUUCGCUCAGGUUUUCAGACCUGGUGUUAUCAUCUGGGUCAUGCAGGGUUUGGCCUGGGUCGGCUCCACAGUUUUGCUCAAAUUCAUGCUGUCUACAGUCCUUGGUGCCUCUGAUGAUGCUCACAUCAGUGGAUUGAUCAAGUCUAAGUUCUCGAGCUACAAAGACUUCCACACUCUGAUGUACACGUGUGCCGCAGAAUUUGACUUCAUGGAAAUAGAGACCCCUGUUCGUUACCUUAAAACGCUGCUGCUGCCUAUCAACAUGCUGGUGGUGGCUUUCAUUGCUUGGAGGACCAUCCAGGAUGUAGUUCGUUAUCUGAGGGGAGGAAAGGCAUCGGUGAAGAAUGACAAUGAUGAUGCAUCAGGGUCUGAAGUCAUUGCAAAAGGGGAGUUCGUGUACCACAGUCUGCAGCUGGUGGCGUUCGCUGUCCUGGCUGUCCUCAUCAUGCGCCUCAAGCUCUUUCUAACCCCCCACAUGUGCAUCAUGGCCUCGCUGAUCUGCUCCAAACAGUUGUUUGGCUGGAUUGGAGAGAAGUUUAAGCACCAGGUUGUGGUGUUCGCUGUAAUGGCUGCCAUGGCUGUGAACGGCGUGUCCAACCUGCAGGCCCAGUGGGGAAUCAUCGGCGAGUUCAGCAACCUGCCUCAAGAGGAGCUGCUCAACUGGAUCCAAGACAACACUCGUCCUGAUUCAGUGUUUGCUGGAGCCAUGCCCACCAUGGCCAGUGUGAAGCUUUCCACCGGUCGGCCCAUUGUCAACCAUCCUCACUAUGAAGAUGCUGGUCUGAGAGAGAGAACCAAGCUGGUCUACUCCAUGUACAGCCGCAUGCCCGGAGACGCAGUGAAGAGGAACCUGAUGAAGCUGGGAGUGGACUUCUUCGUCCUGGAGGAUUCCUGGUGCACCAGACGAACCAGGCCUGGGUGCAGCAUGCCAGAGAUCUGGGAUGUUGAGGAUCCCCAAAACGUUGGUAACGUUCCCCUCUGCACCCACAUGUCCAGGAACUCACGGCCUCACUUCACUACAGUCUUUUCCAAUGACAUCUACAAAAUUCUUAAAGUCCCCAAAGUCACCAAAGAUCUCAGAUAACAUCAUUGGAGGAACUGGACCUGUACCAAACCUUUUCAAGGAGAAGUCAUUGCCUUUGCUGCUUUUUACCAUCUAAAAGUCAAAUUCCCAGAUAACCCUCCUGUUUUAUUACUUGGUGCUCUGAUUUACUGAGCAGUGGACUGAUACUAGCCAAAAGAACCAUGCCGGUGCCAUGACCGUAGAAUGACCUGUAGAAACCCCAGCUCCUCAUGUUUUGCUGCUCGUUCGGCGACAUUCCCAUCAUGUCCAGCAGGUGUCAGUGAAAACCAAAAGGUGUUGUUGUUCAGUUUGCUGUAGAAUCGUUGUUUAUGCAUCUGAAAUAUUCUUACUGUACAAAACUCAUUUUCCUGCUUAAAACAGCAACUUUUUCCUGGCAGGACUAAUUGAUGAUGUCCGGAUACUGUGAAGCAAUACUCUUUGCAAACUUGACAAAGCUACCGUCUUCUAUUGUUAUGCACAGUGUUGAGCUGGGAGGUUUUCAGUAGUAAACUAUUUUUCUAAUUUAUUUGUGUAAGUAUUUUUAUGCAAACCUCAAGGCGUUUUCUUCUGAAGGCUGUGUUUUUAGAGUCUGAGGAAUCAAAGCGGAAAAAUCAGUUCUUGUGGUUGAAGCUUUUAAAAAUCAGUUAAUUUACUUAAUCCAGCAUUGAUGUCUAGAUGAUGUUCUCUCAAGAAUGUUUUAUACAAAUCCUGUUAUGAAAGAAGUUUUUCUGGCAGUAGGUUUCCCUUUUUUGUGCCUACAUUCUUUGUAAAUACCCAUUGAGUCGUUUGUAAAAUACCAGUGUGCAGUCGCUAAAAGAUUCUUUGUUUCUUGACUUAUUGUUUGUUGCCAAAGGAAAUCUUUCUGACAGCUGCAUAUUUGGGGAACUGUAGCAGAUGCAUUAUUUCAUAACCAUCAGGUUGUGAAUUUUUUUAUCAGCCAGUCCAAAGUAUUUGUAGCUCUGAGUUUUGUGUUGACCCCUGAGGGUAAGCAUGAAGAAGAAACUAUUGACGAUCAAUGUCCAGCACACAGUCUUCUAACUUUAUAUUUGUACAGUAGUUCUUGCUGAUCCAUCAUCUACAAGCCACUUUUCACCUUGAGAUCAGUUGUUGGUACCUGAAACCAGCACAUGAUGAUUUGAUUCCCCGGGAGCAGUUCGUGUGGGUUCUGCCCCUCCAGCUUCCUUUCACUGUCCAAAGACACUCAGUCGUCUUAUUUGGAGAAUCUCGUUGCCCUGAGUGUGAGUAGUUGUCUGUUAGUGACCUGUGCAGAGUGGACCCUGUUGGAUUUUCCCCCGCGAUUCAGUGUUACUGAUGUUUUCUGGCUGCAGCUUCACAUUAAGAGGCUGUUUUGUUAAUUUGUCAUCUAGAGCUUAUCAAGGAAACGUGAAACGGCUCAUUUAGCAGCUGCCACUGCCUCCAACGUUUUGUAAUCCUAACAGUAUGUUCUUCACAGUCGUAGGAAACUGCUCGUCAAGUAUUUCAUUAUAGGUUCUGGGUCUAUAGGCGCAGCUCGCAUCGAGGUAGACAACGUCCCUGUCUGAGCAUCGUAGUACGAUUAGUGAGCUAGAAAACAAAACAAGCUUCUGUGGUGAGACUUCUAUCUUUGCUCUGGUGCAGCUCGUAUCUUUGAUUUCACAGCUGCUUCACAUGAAGAGGUUUGAUGGUGCAAAGGUUUUAUCUUGUGGCUGUUGCACUUCCCUGAAACACAUUGAGUUUAACAGUUACAGUCCUGGACGUGUUUUAGAUGUCUUUUAUAAAAUUUGUCUAUUUUGUCUGUAUUUUAAAAUAAUAAAGAUAAAACAA